ACGACCGGCAGCACCAUGCUCCGCCUGGGCAGGCUGCUGCGGCUCCUGACUCUGGUGAAGUUGCCCUGCUGCCUGCUGGAGUUCCUGCUCUCCGAGGCGGCCCUGGGGCAGGAGAUGUACGCGCCGCACUCCAUCCGGCUGGAGGGGGACAUCACGCUGGGGGGGCUCUUCCCUGUCCACGCCAAAGGUCCCCCGGGCGUGCCCUGCGGGGACAUUAAGAAAGAGAACGGCAUCCACAGGCUGGAAGCGAUGCUCUACGCCCUGGACCAGAUCAACAGCGAUCCGGAGCUGCUGCCCAAUGUCACGCUGGGCGCUCGCAUCCUGGACACCUGCUCCCGAGACACCUACGCGCUGGAGCAGUCGCUCACCUUCGUGCAGGCGCUCAUCCAGAAGGACACCUCCGACGUGAGGUGCACCAACGGGGAGCCGCCCGUCUUCGUCAAGCCGGAGAAAGUAGUUGGAGUGAUCGGGGCGUCGGGAAGUUCCGUGUCUAUUAUGGUGGCCAACAUCCUCCGGCUCUUCCAGAUCCCACAAAUCAGUUAUGCCUCAACUGCACCAGAGUUGAGUGAUGACAGGCGCUAUGAUUUCUUCUCACGUGUGGUUCCUCCAGAUUCCUUCCAAGCGCAAGCAAUGGUGGACAUUGUGAAAGCUUUGGGAUGGAAUUAUGUAUCCACUUUGGCAUCUGAAGGGAAUUAUGGAGAAAAAGGAGUCGAGUCCUUCAUGCAAAUUUCCAGAGAGGCAGGUGGGCUCUGCAUCGCUCAGUCCCUGAAAAUCCCACAGGAUCGCAAGGACAAGACCAUUGACUUUGAUAAAAUCAUCAAGCAGCUCUUAGAAACUCCCAAUGCCAGGGCCAUCGUUAUUUUUGCCAACGACGAGGACAUAAAGCAAAUCCUGGCAGCUGCCAAGAGGGCUGACCAAGUGGGGCACUUCCUAUGGGUGGGCUCGGACACGUGGGGCUCCAAGGUGAGCCCAUUGCUGCAGCAGGAGGACGUGGCUGAGGGGGCCAUCACCAUCCUGCCCAAGCGAGCGACCAUCGAGGGGUUCGAUGCCUACUUCACCUCCCGCACCCUGGAGAACAACAGGAGGAACGUGUGGUUUGCUGAGUACUGGGAGGAGAACUUCAACUGCAAGCUAACCAUCAGCGGGUCGAAGAAGGAGGAUACAGACCGCAAAUGCACAGGGCAGGAGCGCAUCGGCAAGGACUCCCACUACGAGCAGGAGGGGAAGGUGCAGUUUGUGAUCGAUGCAGUGUACGCCAUGGCACACGCACUGCACCACAUGAGCAAGGAUCUGUGUGCUGACUACGCCGGGGUCUGCCCUGAGAUGGAGCACGCAGGAGGCAAGAAGCUGCUCAAGUACAUCCGCAGCGUUAACUUCAACGGCAGUGCUGGCACUCCAGUGAUGUUUAACAAAAAUGGUGAUGCACCAGGGCGCUACGACAUCUUCCAGUUCCACACCACCAACACCAGCACCCCAGGCUACCGCCUCGUCGGGCAGUGGACGGACGACCUCCAGCUCAAUAUCGACGACAUGCAGUGGGGUAGAGGAGUGCGAGAAGUCCCGUCCUCGGUCUGCAGCCUGCCUUGCAAGCCGGGAGAGAGGAAGAAGAUGGUGAAGGGGAUGCCGUGCUGCUGGCACUGCGAGCUGUGCGAUGGGUACCAGUACCAGGCCGACGAGGUCACCUGCCUGCUGUGCUCCUACAACGAGCGGCCCAACGAGAACCGCACCGGCUGCCGCUCCAUCCCCAUCGUCAAGCUGGAGUGGCACUCGCCCUGGGCCGUGAUCCCCGUCUUCUUGGCCAUGCUCGGGAUUAUCGCCACCAUUUUUGUCAUGGCGACCUUCAUUCGCUACAACGAUACCCCCAUCGUCCGGGCCUCGGGGCGGGAGCUCAGCUACGUCCUGCUGACGGGGAUCUUCCUCUGCUACAUCAUCACCUUCCUGAUGAUCGCCAAGCCAAACGUAGCCGUGUGCUCCUUCCGGCGCAUCUUCCUGGGGCUGGGGAUGUGCAUCAGCUACGCAGCCCUGCUGACUAAAACAAACCGCAUCUACCGCAUAUUUGAGCAGGGCAAAAAGUCAGUGACAGCACCCAGGCUUAUCAGCCCCACGUCGCAGCUGGCGAUCACGUCGAGUUUGAUAUCUGUGCAGCUUCUAGGUGUCUUUAUUUGGUUUGCAGUUGACCCACCCAACAUCAUUAUAGAUUAUGAUGAGCAGAAAACUAUGAACCCUGAUCAAGCCAGAGGAGUUCUCAAAUGUGACAUAACGGAUCUACAAAUCAUUUGUUCCUUGGGUUAUAGCAUUCUUCUAAUGGUUACAUGUACUGUGUAUGCCAUCAAGACUCGGGGUGUCCCAGAGAAUUUUAAUGAAGCUAAACCCAUUGGAUUCACUAUGUACACUACCUGUAUAGUAUGGCUUGCCUUCAUUCCAAUAUUUUUUGGCACUGCCCAGUCAGCUGAAAAGCUCUACAUACAAACUACCACACUUACAAUAUCCAUGAACCUAAGUGCUUCAGUGGCCCUGGGGAUGCUUUACAUGCCGAAAGUGUACAUCAUCAUCUUCCACCCCGAGCUCAACGUGCAGAAGCGGAAGCGCAGCUUCAAGGCCGUGGUGACGGCCGCCACCAUGUCGUCCCGGCUCUCACACAAGCCCAGCGACAGGCCCAACGGCGAGGCCAAGACGGAGCUCUGCGAGAACGUGGACCCCAACAGCCCCGCUGCAAAAAAGAAGUACGUCAGUUAUAACAACCUGGUUAUCUAAGCCCGGCCGCGGGCGCGAGGACGGAGAGGACUUCCAUGCACUGCGG